UUUAUAUAUUUUUGUUUGUUGUACUAUGUGCAGUCAACCUUGCUUCAGAAAUGCACAUUUAGACAACAAUAGAUUUAAAAGGCAGUUUUCAGUUGCCUUAUCAGUAAUGUCAAUAAUUCAGAGAUGCUCACUAGGAUUUGUUUUAUAUUCUAAGACCUGAAACAUUUUAAUGCAUGUGAUUUAUCUGUAGCAUUCUUUAUCCGUCUUGUUGGAAGCAUACAUCUGAUAAAAAUAUCCUAUUUUGUUGUUUCCCUGAAUUAUAUUCUGCAGGCUUACAUUUCAAGUGGCCAUUAGGGGCUCCUAUGCUGGCAGCAGUAUAUGCAAUGAGUAUUGUUUUUAAAAUGCUGCCUGCCUUGGGCACGGCUUGUCCGCCAAAAUGCCGUUGCGAGAAGCUGCUCUUUUACUGUGACUCUCAGGGGUUUCACUCAGUGCCAAACACCACUGACAAGGGCUGUCUAGGUUUGUCUUUGAGGCACAAUGUUAUUAUGGAACUUGAAGGGGAUCAGUUUGCAAGCUUCAGUCAACUUACUUGGCUUCAUUUAGACCAUAAUCAAAUUGAUACAAUAAGAGAAGAUGGUUUUCAAGGACUGUAUAAACUCAAGGAAUUAGUUUUAAGUUCAAAUAAAAUCUCUUAUUUGCCAAACACAACUUUUAGCCAACUGCUUAACCUGCAACAUUUGGACCUCUCUUUCAAUCAAUUGUCUGCUUUGCAUCCUGAGUUGUUCUAUGGCCUUCGCAAACUGCAAACCUUGAGUUUACGUUCCAAUUCCCUGAGGACUAUCCCAGUCCGUCUAUUUUCAGACUGCCGUAGUUUGGAUUUUUUGGAUUUGAGCACAAAUCGCUUGCGAAGUUUGGCACGCAAUGGAUUUGCAGGAUUAAUCAAACUGAGGGAACUUCACCUAGAGCACAACCAGCUGACAAAGAUUAACUUUGCUCAUUUCCUACGGCUAAGCAAUCUGCACAUGCUCUUCUUGCAGGGGAAUAAAAUUAGCAACUUGACAUGCGGGAUGGAAUGGACCUGGGGCACUUUAGAAAAGCUAGAUUUGUCUGGAAAUGAGAUCAAAGCCAUUGAUAUGACAGUUUUUGAAACAAUGCCUAAUCUUAAAGUACUCUUACUGGAUAACAACAAGCUAACCACUCUGGAGUCCAAGGUUUUAUAUUCACUUGCAACCCUUACUACAGUGGGCCUCUCCAGCAAUCCCUGGGAAUGCAGCCCCAAAAUAUGUGCACUAGCCACAUGGCUGAGUGGCUUCCAAGGUCGGUGGGAGCAUUCGAUACUUUGUCAUAGCCCAAACCACACCCAGGGAGAGGAUAUUCUAGAUGCAGUUUAUGGUUUUCAGCUUUGUUGGAAUUUAUCAACUGUUGUUACAUCCAUUGCUACAAGUUACAGAGCUCCAACGACUGAAUAUACAAAAAGGAUAAGCUCCUCAAAUUUCCAUGUGGGAGACAAAGAAAUUUCAACUACGACAGGCAUACCCAUUACUACAGAAGAGCAGUUGCCUGAGCCGAACAAUGCCGUCUUCAGCCAGCAGGUAAUUACAGGAACAAUGGCUUUAUUAUUUUCUUUCUUUUUUAUCAUUUUUGUAGUGUUCAUCUCCAGGAAGUGCUGCCCUCCCACAUUAAGAAAAAUUAGGCAGUGCUCAAUGAUUCAAAGCCACAGGCAACUACGAUCUCAAACACGGCUACAUAUGUCAAACAUGUCAGACCAAGGACCAUAUAAUGAAUAUGAAGCCAGCCAUGAAGGACCUUUCAUCAUCAUUAAUGGUUACGGACAGUGCAAGUGUCAGCAACUACCCUAUAAAGAAUGUGAAGUAUAA